CGGCUCCCGCCCGUGGGGAGGAGAAGGAGGCGAAUGGGCGGGUUCAAGCGCGCGCGGCGGCGGGUCCCGGGGCCGCCGGCUCCUCCCCGCGAGGGUGCCUGUCCGCCGCUCGCCGCGCUGAGGCAGUGCGGGGCGGGCGCGCCUAGGCUGCCGCCCAGCGCCCUCGCCGCGGCCAUGCCCGGGCCCUAGCGCGCCUGCCGCAGCCCGCGCCCCGCAGCCCCGCAGCCCCGCGCCCGCCGCCGCCUCUUCAAUGGGCAACCUGCUGGGUGGGGUCAGCUUCCGCGAGCCCACCACCGUGGAGGACUGCGACUCCACCUGGCAGACCGACUCGGAGCCCGAGCCUGAGGACCCGGGGCCGGGCGGCGGCAGCGAGGGGCCGGGGCAGGAGCCCGCGCAGCCCCCGGAGCCAGCCAGCAGGCGGCCCAGCGCCAGCCCCGCGCCGGACCAGGACGCCGAGGCGGCGAGCUCCGAGCAGGGUGAUGAUUCCACUGAAGCAACGGCCAAACCAAAGAGAAGUUUUUAUGCUGCGAGGGAUUUGUACAAGUACCGACACCAGUACCCACAGAACUUCAAAGAUAUCCGAUAUCAGAAUGAUUUGAGCAAUCUUCGUUUUUAUAAGAAUAAAAUUCCAUUCAAGCCAGAUGGUGUUUACAUUGAAGAAGUUCUAAAUAAAUGGAAAGGAGAUUAUGAAAAACUGGAGCACAACCACACUUACAUUCAAUGGCUUUUCCCCCUGAGAGAACAAGGAUUGAACUUUUAUGCUAAAGAACUAACUACAUAUGAAAUUGAGGAAUUCAAAAAAACAAAAGAAGCAAUUAGAAGAUUCCUUCUGGCUUAUAAAAUGAUGCUAGAAUUUUUUGGAAUAAAACUGACAGAUAAAAUUGGAAAUGUUGCUCGGGCUGUUAACUGGCAGGAAAGAUUUCAGCAUCUGAAUGAGUCCCAGCACAACUACUUAAGAAUCACUCGUAUUCUUAAAAGCCUUGGUGAGCUUGGAUAUGAAAGUUUUAAAUCUCCUCUUGUAAAAUUUAUUCUUCAUGAAGCUCUUGUGGAAAAUACUAUUCCCAAUAUUAAGCAGAGUGCUCUAGAGUAUUUUGUUUAUACAAUUAGAGACAGAAGAGAAAGGAGAAAGCUCCUGCGGUUUGCCCAGAAACACUACACGCCUUCAGAGAACUUUAUCUGGGGACCUCCUAGAAAAGAACAGUUAGAGGGAAGCAAAGCCCAGAAAAUGUCUUCCCCUCUUGCCUCCAGUCAUAACAGUCAAACUUCUAUGCACAAAAAAGCCAAGGACUCCAAAAGUUCCUCCUCAGCUGUUCAUUUAAAUAGCAAAACAGCUGAAGAAAAAAAAGUGGCACCAAAAGAGCCUGUGGAACAGACAGACAGGACCAGCCCGGAGCCCAGCAAUGAAGCUGCCAAGCCAAGUAAUACAGAGGACAGUAAUGCAGGGAGUGUGAAUUCUCAACCUGAAAAAACAGUUAUGAAUCCCACAGAAAAAAAGGAGAGUGCAUCUCCUGAAAAUAACGAAGAAGGUGAAAACCAUAACCAAGACGGUGAAAGUCCUGGAAAUACAAAUUGCCAUGAGGUGGUACUAGUACAGUGAAUCAGAAAACCCAUAAGCCAGUUUAGGUUAGAGAGGAAAAUAACGACUGUAUCGUUUAUCCUAAAGAACAGACAAGGUCACAUUUCAAAUUUUAGCCAUCUGUGAUUUCUGUCAUAAGCAUUUUAUUGUUGCGUUUUCAUUUUGGAUGACAGCGAAUUGAAUAUCUAGUAAGGAGAUAAAAGACAAGACCCAAUAUAUUCUGUAAUGCAUUUA